AUGAGCUUAAUUUCCGUUGUUUGGUGUCUUACGAUCACUUGUCUAUUUUCGAUGCCAUUGAUCUACUGUAAACCUAAGAAGAAGUUUCAAGGACAAUACGCGAAGACAUUUAUGGAAAGAAGGAAACGAAAACGAAAGGACCAGGAGAAGAAAAAAGAGAAGACAACACCUGACAAUAAGAUCCCAUCCGUUUCUCCAUCCAUCUCUUCCACGCCUACUGCCGAGACACCUGGCUCCCGAUCUCCGCCCAAAAAAGGAACAAAGGACACGGAGGCAUUGGAGCCAACUCAAAGUGGAGAACAGGAAAACUCUCAACCAAUGAUCAGCAAAAAACUGGAGCCGCCAAAGAAGAAAAUGUCAAAAGAGCCAAGUACAGCAAAAGAAAAGUUUAGCACGAAGACGGCUAAGAAAAUACCUGUUCCAAUACGAGAGGAGUAUAUGGAAGAUCAAAAUGAGGAUGAGACUAUGGUUGGAGUCAAAAGUAUUGAGUAG